AUGUCAGCCAAAGCCAUUUCAGAGCAGACCGGGAAAGAAUUUCUGUAUAAGUACAUAUGUACUACAGCUGCCAUUCAGAACCGGUUCAAGUAUGCUCAAGUGACGUAUGACACUGAUUGGGACCGGCUGGCACAAGACCACCCAUGGCUCCUGACACAGCCUCUGGUGUGUGAAACCUGACCAACUGAUCAAACGUCGUGGAAAGCUGGGACUUGUAGGCGUUAACUUAAAUUUGGACCAAGUAAAGAGUUGGCUGAAGCAACGUUUGGGACGUGAAACUACAAUAGCCAAAGCAAGGGGAGUGUUGAAGAAUUUCUUGAUCGAGCCAUUUGUUCCUCAUAGACAGGAAGAGGAGUUCUAUGUUUGUAUCUAUGCAGCUCGGGAGGGGGAUUAUGUGUUGUUCCACCAUGAAGGCGGUGUGGAUGUCGGCGAUGUGGAUUCAAAGGCUCAGAAGUUCCUGGUUGGUGUUGGAGAACGUUUGACAGAGCAAGAUGUGAGGACUCACUUGUUGGUCCAUGCAGCGCCAGAUAAGAGAGAUGUCCUUGCCAGCUUCAUAACUGGACUGUUCAACAUGUAUGAGGACCUGUUCUUCACUUACCUGGAGAUCAACCCACUCGUUGUGACCAAGGAUGGCGUGUAUGUUUUGGAUAUGGCAGCUAAGAUAGAUGCAACUGCGGACUACGUAUGCAAAGCUAAAUGGGGUGAUGUGGACUUCCCACCUCCCUUUGGAAGAGAAGCUUAUCCAGAGGAGGCCUAUAUUGCAGACUUGGAUGCCAAGAGUGGUGCAAGUUUAAAACUUACCAUCCUAAACCCACGAGGCAGGAUCUGGACUAUGGUUGCUGGUGGAGGAGCGUCUGUUGUUUACAGUGACACCAUCUGUGACUUGGGCGGAGUAGACGAGCUUGCCAACUAUGGGGAGUAUUCUGGGGCACCCAGUGAGCAGCAGACAUAUGACUAUGCCAAGACUAUCCUCUCCCUUAUGACAAGGGAAAAGCAUCCUGAUGGUAAAAUUCUGAUUAUAGGGGGCAGUAUUGCAAAUUUCACUAAUGUUGCUGCAACCUUUAAGGGUAUUGUAAGAGCUAUUAAGGAUUGCCAAGGACCACUGAAGGAACAUGAAGUCACAAUAUUUGUGAGGCGAGGGGGACCAAACUAUCAGGAGGGGCUUCGCGUCAUGGGUGAAGUAGGAAAAACUACUGGAAUUCCCAUCCAUGUGUUUGGCACAGAGACUCACAUGACAGCCAUUGUGGGCAUGGCACUGGGCCACCGACCAAUCCCAAACCAGCCUCCCACUGCAGCACAUACUGCAAACUUUCUGCUGAAUGCCAGUGGCAGCUCUUCAACUCCUGCACCCAGCAGAACGGCAUCAUUCUCUGAAUCCAGACAAGAGGACAUCACUCCAGCCAAAAAGGCCAAGCCAACUCUACCUAGUGCAAAGGCCACUACACUGUUUAGCCGUCACACCAAAUCUAUUGUAUGGGGUAUGCAGACCCGGGCUGUGCAAGGCAUGCUGGAUUUUGACUAUGUCUGUUCACGCUCUGAACCGUCAGUGGCUGCAAUGGUUUACCCUUUCACUGGGGAUCAUAAGCAGAAGUUUUAUUGGGGUCACAAAGAAAUCUUGAUACCAGUCUUCAAGAAUAUGGCGGAUGCUAUGCGGAAACACCCAGAAGUGGAUGUGCUCACGAACUUUGCAUCUCUGAGAUCGGCAUAUGACAGCACUGUGGAGACCAUGAAUUAUCCUCAGAUCCGAACCAUUGCAAUCAUUGCAGAAGGAAUUCCAGAAGCUUUAACCAGGAAGCUCAUCAAAACUGCUGAUGAGAAAGGAGUCACUAUUAUUGGGCCUGCUACAGUUGGUGGCAUCAAACCUGGUUGCUUCAAGAUUGGCAACACGGGGGGAAUGUUGGAUAACAUUUUGGCUUCCAAGCUGUAUCGUCCCGGCAGUGUUGCCUAUGUAUCCCGCUCUGGUGGUAUGUCUAAUGAGCUCAACAACAUCAUCUCCAGGACCACAGAUGGCGUUUAUGAAGGAGUAGCCAUUGGUGGCGACAGGUAUCCCGGGGUUCCACCUUUAUGGACCAUGUUUUACGUUAUCAAGAUACAGAAGGAGUUAAAAUGAUUGUAGUCCUUGGAGAGAUUGGUGGUACAGAGGAAUACAAGAUCUGUCAUGGUAUUAAAGAAGGCAGGCUGACAAAGCCCAUUGUCUGUUGGUGUAUAGGAACCUGUGCAACCAUGUUUUCAUCAGAGGUUCAGUUUGGGCAUGCAGGAGCCUGUGCCAACCAGGCCUCAGAGACAGCCGUUGCCAAAAAUAAGGCCUUGAAGGAAUCUGGAGUAUAUGUGCCACGAAGCUUUGAUGAGCUCGGUGAUGUUAUUCAGUCAGUGUAUGAGGAUCUGGUUGCCAAAGGUGAAAUCGUACCAGCAGAAGAAGUACCCCCUCCAACUGUACCUAUGGACUACUCUUGGGCGAGGGAGUUGGGAUUGAUUAGGAAGCCUGCCUCUUUCAUGACCAGUAUAUGUGACGAGAGAGGCCAGGAGCUUAUCUAUGCCGGCAUGCCCAUCACAGAUGUCUUCAAGGAAGAUAUUGGAAUUGGUGGUGUGUUGGGCCUGCUUUGGUUCCAAAGGCGGGUCCCUAAAUAUGCUUCCCACUUCAUGGAAAUGUGCCUGAUGGUAACCGCAGACCACGGACCAGCUGUUUCUGGAGCCCAUAACACCAUUGUGUGUGCCAGAGCUGGCAAAGACCUCAUUUCCAGUCUUACCUCUGGCCUGCUCACAAUUGGAGAUCGUUUUGGAGGAGCCCUUGAUGCAGCUGCCAGAAUGUUUAGUAAAGCUUUUGACAGUGGUCUUAUCCCCAUGGAGUUUGUAAACAAGAUGAAAAAGGAAGGAAAACUGAUCAUGGGCAUUGGUCACCGAGUCAAAUCUAUCAACAACCCAGAUAUGAGAGUCCAGAUCUUAAAAGACUAUGUAAAGCAACACUUCCCAGCUACUCCUCUGCUAGACUAUGCCCUGGAAGUGGAAAAAAUCACUACUUCAAAGAAACCAAAUCUCAUCCUCAAUGUUGACGGUCUUAUUGGUGUUGCAUUUGUUGAUCUAUUAAGGAAUUGCGGCUCGUUCACUAGAGAGGAAGCUGAUGAAUACAUAGAAAUUGGAGCACUGAAUGGGAUAUUCGUACUUGGAAGGAGCAUGGGAUUUAUUGGACAUUAUUUGGACCAAAAGAGGCUGAAGCAAGGAUUGUACCGACAUCCUUGGGAUGAUAUCUCCUAUGUGCUGCCUGAGCACAUGACUAUGUAA